AUGGGUUCCGAUCCCCAAUAUGCCAAAUACCCCCUCCUACCACUCGCCCAACACAUCUUCACUCUCACCAACCCGUCAUCUGCCAAACCAGCCCAACAGAUAUCUCUCAAGAGUCUUCAAGAUGCGAUCAACGAGCAUAAGAUGGCACCGCUAUACCGGUAUCUGGCACAUCCUUCUGAGGGUAUUCUGAAUGCUUCAGGCCAGAGCUCUUCACAUGCGGCGAAAUCAGCUGGACGGAAACCAAGCGCGGCCGGAAUGGUGGCAAGCAAAAACUCAAUACCAAAAGUCGAUCUGCCCUGGGAUGAAGCGUUAUACGAGAAGUUGAAAAAAGAGAACGAUGAAGAGUUAGAAAGCUUCAAGAAGGAAGAGGAAGAAGCCGAAGAGAAGGCGGGAGACACCGAAGUGCAAGCCGCAAGAGGGAAGCGUGCAGAAUUCUGGGCUCGAGUUGGCGACAAGGACCAAGCUAUUGCGGCUUACGAAGAGGUGUUUGAGAAGACUGGCGUAUUAGGUACCAAGAUUGAUUUAGUACUUGCGAUAAUCCGAAUUGGUCUGUUCUACGGCGACAAAUUAUUAGUCAAGAAGCAUGUGGACCGCGCGAAGGCUCUGGUUGAAAGCGGCGGAGACUGGGAUCGACGAAAUCGACUAAAGGCAUACCAAGGGUUGUAUCUGCUUACAACUCGAUCAUAUAAUCUUGCAGCUCCUCUGCUGUUGGACAGUCUUUCUACAUUUACCAGCUACGAACUCUGCAGUUAUUCUUCCUUAGUAGUAUACGCAGUUUUGGCUGGCUCUGUAUCGCUAAAGCGAGUCGAUUUCAAAUCCAAGGUUGUUGAUGCGCCGGAGAUCAAAGCAAUCCUGGGUGAUGGAGAGGACAAACUUCUGGCUCUUUCCGGUGCGAUAUCAGCGGGUCCAGGAGCUGAUGAGGAGAUGAAGGAUGUCUCAUCAGCAACCCCAGGCACUGCCAAAACAGUUGUCAAUCUCACCACUUUAGGAAGCGAGCAACCUGACGCCGAGAUCGCUAUAGACUUUUCACCACUUGCAGAACUCGUAAGCAGCUUGUAUACCGGUAGCUAUCGAUCAUUCUUCGGCGCUUUAGCUGCAGUAGAAGUCACUUUCCUCAGCCAAGAUAGAUACUUAUACGAACACCGAGGAUGGUUCGUUCGAGAGAUGCGUCUUCGUGCGUACCAGCAAUUGCUACAGAGCUACCGUGUUGUCGGCUUGGAGAGCAUGGCGAAUGACUUUGGUGUUUCUGUAGAUUUCUUGGAUCGUGACCUUGCGAAGUUCAUUGCAGCGGAGCGGAUUCCAUGUACAAUUGAUCGCGUGACCGGCAAAGGUAUUAUUGAAACCAAUAGACCUGACUCCAAGAACAAGCAGUACAACGAUGUUGUAAAGCAAGGAGAUCAGCUUAUCACCAAGUUGCAGAAGUAUGGUCAGGCCGUUCGGCUGAGAGGUAGCGAGCGUGCGUGA